CUGAAAAUAACAAUUGUGUAUUUUUAUAUAAAACAAAGAGUAGUGUACCAUUUAUUAGAAUAAAAAAGAAGAAGUUCUUUCACUGUAAACGCAAUGUUUAAGAAAAAUCAUUUUUUCAAAAUGUUUCGAAUGUCUUUAUUUUCAUUACUUUGUAUAUGUGGUGCUAUUAAUUUUAGAGUUACGGCCAUAAGUGUUUCUGAAUUUAAUACUUUGGUGCAACACCCAGGCUGGAGAAAAUUAACAACGCAUAGAUAUGCUAAUGAAUUCAUAUUCAAUGGUCUGAAUUUUGAAGAUACUUAUAAAGAGUUUACUUUAAGUGAAAUUUUCCCACGUGAUUCGAACACUAAUCUUAUUACAGAACAGAAUUUUGUCGAUAGAGUAUGGCAAUUCCAUUUGUUAUUGAGCGUUCACUAUGCUAUUGAUCUAAAAAAUCUAACCAAUUUAACGAAUGAUUUCUGGUUCCAUUGUAAAAAUGACUACAAAGAUGAUUUGCAAAUAAAAUGUCUAAAUAUUUUUAAUGAAAAAUUUAAAAUUUUUUACAGAGAAUUGGAAAAGAUGGAAAAUUCAUUACUAUAUUUUAAAGAAAUGGUUAAUCCACUAAUGUUUGACAUUGAAUGGAUACUCUUUAUGAAUGGAAUUGAAGUUCCUUUACGUAAUUUGAAAGCGAUAGGAUCAACAAAACAUCUUCCAACAGAUAAAGUUUUUGAAGAUAUAAUAAACGAUGUACGGGUUGGAAUUGAAAAAUUUUUUUUCAACCGUAUUAGUAAUUUAAACUUUUCUGCAAAUAAACCAGACGCUGCCAUUUUUUAUAAUUGGUAUAAGAAUAUUACAAUAGCACAACAAGACAAUGAUAAACCAAUUAAAGAAAGGUAUCAUACAAGUAUUAUGAAUCUUAUUGAAAGUAACAAUGGUUUCGGUUUUAAAUACAAUCCAAAUACUCUUGCAAUCACUCUAAGCUAAACAGAUAAUUAUCUGGAGUCAAUUGGAAGCUUAACAUUAUAAUAAGUAAACAUUUUUCUAUAUUUUAAUUAAAAAUAAAAUGCAAUAUGAUUUUACCAUUAUUGAAAUUUGAUUUAUUAAUAAUAAUAUUAUCUUUAUUAUACAAAUAUUUUGUAACAGAAAAUUGUAUGGAGUCAUUUGGAAGC